ACUGGGACAGUCAGUGUACACCAGGCAGUGUAUACUGAAAGGAAUAGGAAUCAGUGUAUUUCAGAUAGUGUAUACUGAAAGGGAAUAGGAAUCAGUGAGCUUUAGGCAGUGUAUACUGAAAAGGAAUAGAAAUCAGUGAACUUUAGUCAGUGUGUAUUGAAAGGGAAUAGGAAUCAGUGAACAUCAGGCAGUGGUGAACUUUAGACUAUUUACUGAGGUGGGACAGGAAUCCAUACAGAAGGCAAUGUAUACUGAGGGACUAGGACAGUGUACAUAAGCAGUGCAUACUGAGAGGACAGUAAUCAAUGUACAUCAGGCACUGUGUACAGAGGGACUAGGACAGUGUACAUCAGGUAGUGUAUGCUGAGGGCGGUAGAGGGGUCAGUCGGUGUAACUGAGAUUGAGGGGCAGUCAUUCUAUACUGGGGGACUAGUCAUUGUAUUCUGAGGGGGUUGGAGGUAGUCUGAAGGAAGUGGAUACUACACUGAGGGAUAAAUAGGUCGAAAGAGGCACGAAAGGCAGCCUCUACUGAGUGUUGGACAGUAGCACCGUGCACACAGGAAAGGGUUGGACGUGUAAACCACAGACAGCUGUUACUAGAUAGAUCCAGGCACACACGAUUAACCAGGGAUAGGGAGAUUUGUCAAACAUGCAUUAUUGGCUGGAGCUAUAAAGAUAACCAGAAAUCUAGCCUGACAGCCAGGGAGUGCAGAGUACAGUAAUCCCGAGAACAGACCAAGUAAACAGCUGGGCAGUGAAAGUUACUCUCUGACUAUUUAACUCAGGGUGAAAGUUUGACGAUAGCGAACUGAGAUUGAAAGUAAAGUGUGUAAAAUUGCAAGCGGCAGUGGGUGUUUGAAGACAAUGUAUUUUUUCUACGGCCAGAAACAGUGGGAAUGAAUGCAUUUAUUAAUUCCGUAAAAGUCCGAAAGAAUCUCACAGUACUCAGGUUGAAUCGUCGCUGCUGCAGAUCAGAGGCGCACAUUUGAGCGUACGUCUUUGAAAUUAAGUCCGGCCGUUGUGGAGAGAAGUCGGAGAUGUCGACACUGACAUUUAAGAACAAGCUGGUGAAUUUGCUGUGUUGCAAGUUCUGUGACAAUGUGCUGUGUGCCCGGGGUAUGAAGGCAGUACUCCUUGCUGACACAGACGUGGAGCUUUAUUCCACUGAUAUCCCCCCGACAAGGGCCGUGGACUUUGUUGGAAAUUGCUACCUCACAGAAAGCUGCAAAUGUAAAGUAAAAGACAUUGCAUGUUUAAAAUGUGGUAAUGCUGUUGGCUACCAUGUGGUUGCCCCAUGCAAGCCAUGUUUGCUUUCCUGUAACAAUGGCCAUUUCUGGAUGUUUCACAGCCAGGUGAUCUAUGCUGUCAACAGACUGGAUUCCUCUGGUGUUGAUGUGCUGCUGUGGGGAAAUUUACCAGAUACAGAAGAUGAAGAGACAUUAUUUAACCUUUCUGAAGAGGAGUGUAUCAGAUGAUAAAAAAAACAACAGCUUCCACGUUUUGAUUUUGUUUUGUUUUAAAUAUAAACUUACUUUGUCAUCAUGUAAAUUUUCUGAACAUUUUAGUAUCUGCCGCAUGAUGAUUUAACUGCAGUUUGUGAAGUGGAGCCAGCUUGUUUGAAAUUCUUUGCACCAGAGAAGGAUGUGAACAUUCUCACCCUGCAAGUUGCUAUGUGAACACCAGGCAGGAUUGGUGAAGUGCUGCUUGGUGCUUUGCAGCUUUUGAGACAGUUGUGUCAGAUCCUACUGAAGACCUCUGCCUGUGAUUAAACUUGAACACAAAUACUGGUGUGUCCUCGCACUGGACGAGCUGCACACACCUCAUACCAAAUUUCACAAUGGAUGUAACUGACAAGCAAAGAAGUUGUUGUGGUUGCGUAUGGUGUAACAUUGGGGUUGGGUUAAUUGCUACCUCUUCUCCAAAUUUUAUUCUCAAUGUGAAAGCUGCAUUUUUGGCAGACAACCUAUUCACACUCAAAGAAGGCAAAGAUUGUUUUAAUAAGGUAGCCAAAUAUAAAUUUGUACUUCUUUCAAGCAAUUUCCCUGGAAAUAAUGUUACUGGCUACAUUUUAUUGUUGUUAAUGUUUAAAUUGGAGUUAUUUCUGACGGGGAGCUUAUGACGAAUAAAACCCUGUUAUCAAUGAUGUGCAUACAAUGCCCAGACUCUGCUGGCCUUGCAUUUCAGAUGUGGCUAAUGGAAUUAAUUGUGACUAAAUAUUUGUAUAUUAGGGUAUUUUGUGCAAAGGAAUGAAAUUUUAUGAUUAUUGUGUUCCAUGUCUGACCUCAUUCCCUGAACACAAUAUAUGUAGACAGCCUAUUGCAGUGAAGUUUCAAUGUUAUCUAUUUGCAUUUUGGCUUUUAAAUUAAAUUUCAAACAUUAACUGUCCAGUAAUGCAAUGUUGUCCAGUAAAAUAGGAAUUGCUGAGCAGCCAGAGGAUGGGCCACAGUAACAUCCCUUUGGCAGCAGACACUAAUUUUAUUAAGAAAUAUCUUGCAUAGAAAAUCAGUUUUCUAUUCAUCAAAGUUUGAUGACAUGUGACAUAUGACAUGUUAAUGCAAUUUCUAGGUUUUGUUCAGCAGCCAACAGUAGUGUUUAGAUUUCAUCAGUAUUGUUGUGUGGAUCAAUGUUUUCAGCAGUGAGACUAAUGUACCCCUGCUCUCCACAGAACACAGUUAGAUGUUUCUUGAUCUUUGCGAGGGUAAGCUCCAUUGUAGCUGCCUGUUGUUCAUUGGGUUGCUUCAUUUGAUAGGGCUGACUGUGAAAGUAGUUUUCCUCUUGACAAUUUUGCUGAUAUUUCCACAGUGCUGAAACUUGACAUUCUUUUUUAACAGAUAAACAAGGAAGUAGAGCUGUCACAAUGAUAAAAAAAAUUCAUAUAGAUUGCCUCUCCUUGUAUAAUUCUAACAACAAAUGCAUAAUGAAUGAAAUCAGUCCAUCAGCACAUCAUGUGCAAAUCUAAUCAUUUGAGAUCACAAGCCCACUGACAGUGGUUAUCAUUCCUUUCCAUUUACUAAUCAGAAAUACAAUUAGCCAUUUUUGAUGGCUCUUUGAAACUGUAGUGAAUAUUAUCGGAAAUCAUUUCUGGAAGAAUGUUUCUAUGUUUGGUGUAUUACACAAACAGAAAGGUUUGCUGACUAGUAAGUACUAGUACAAGUACGAGUAAGUACAGAGUACACUGUGGAAAUUAUGGUUAAAUUCUCUGUUAGUUCACCCUGCCAGGCUCAUGGGCUAAAAAAAAAGCUAGUUAUGCAAGGCAUCAAUAGGUGUCUACUCCAACUGGAGCUGUCUCCCUUCAGGAGAGGAAAAGCCUUCAUUAACACAUAAAUAAAAAUUGUUUUGUAUAAAAUUCUGAGUUUACACUAUCUGAUAGGGACAUGAUUUCUGAUAUACUUGAAACCAUGAAGAUCAUAUAUCAUUUAUACAUAUACUCAUAAAUAUUUUGCAGGCUAUGUGAGAAUUUUAUCUGAGAGUUUAGUUAGCUGUCAAAUCAAUUUGUGUUAAUUGUACCUUGCUUUACAGUUUUCCAAAGUGUUAGUGCAUUUGUAAAAACUUCCUAGUUGCAUGGACAAGCACUAAAUUGGAAACUAGAUGCACUACCCUAGCUUUCACGUUGAAAUAUGCAUUUGGCUCAUUUCAGUACCUUGUGGGUUUCCAUACAUGACAAGUUUUCUUCUGUCUUCACAAGCAAAAUGGGUUGGCGGUAAAGUAAUAGCUUCUUGAAUAUUCACUUGGAACAAAGUACCAUUUGAUUUAAUUUUGAAAACUUUGGUUGAAAUUAAAGGCUACAUGAUCUCUAUAUGCUUUUUAUUCAGCACUAUUCAACACCAUUUACUAAUUUUUCCGGACAUGUUGAGUAAAAAUGAUAAUCUGCUAUUUACAUAGAUCGUAAGCUCUAAAUUUGAUUUCCUGGUCUAUGCUGAGCUGGUCCAUUUGCAGAGAUGCUCUUAGUGAUCAGAACAGAAUAAUUUCUCGAAAUAUCAACUAAAGUUUCUUUUCCCAAUGGCUACUCAACAAGCAUAGAAUACAGGUUCAUACUUGGGUUACUGUGCUUUCUCUUUUCACUUCUAGUAAAAUAACGAACUGCCGCUCACUGUCUGGACUUAUUUAAGAAUGAUGGUGGGAGGAUUACCAGUCAAUUAAUCAGUUCCAUUGAUAUUUCCAGGAGAGAUAAGUGAAAAUUAGUGCCAAAAAUACCUCUGUAGGUUUAGAUAUUGGCAUAUGUUCAAUGUCACAUGAGCUGCUUCAACCAUCCAAAGUGCACUUCUACAUACAGUUACAAUUUGCACAAACCUAAUCCAAUAUAUGAAAUGGACAGUAAACUGCCAAUGACUUCUUGUUAGCGAUGUCUGUUUGUUCUUUUAUGGAUCUUGUUUGAAAGGAAGGAAAUUAUAACAUUAUAUUUUUGCAUCAGGAGCUUUUUUUUGGAUUGAAUUGAAGUUAGGGUAAAGAAACCUUUAUUGGGACUCUGGAUAAUGAGUGAAUUCAGCUGUUCUUUAGCUUGCCGAGCUGAUCGUUCCAUGGUGUGCAGACGUUUUGUUACCCUCCUAGGCAACAUCAUCAGUGUGACCUCUAGUUGAAACUUUAGUGUUCUGUUUCCUUCCAGAUUUAUAUGAUCCGGAAACCAUCUCUGCGACUAGAGGUCACAUUGAUGAUGUUGCCUAGAAGGGUAACGAAACAUCUACACGCCCCAGAACAACAAGGCUUGGCGAGCUAAUGGACAACUGCAUCCACAACCCAAUCUGCAAAUUCCCACUAAGACCUUAAAUUAGUGAAUUGGAGGUAUAAGAGUGGGAGUGAGUGGUAUUUGGUGAUGUGAUAUUCUGUUUAAUGUGUGUAAGCAUAUUUGUUUUUAUUUUACUGGUUGGCAAGUGUAUUUGGAGCUGGUAUUCCACAUGAACAGAAUUGGUCUGUUUGUACAUUGGUCAUUAAGACAAAAAUAAAACCAUUGACAAUUUCA